GGGUGCGCGCACCACCGUUAUUUUGGGACGCGCCCUGGUUUCCAGCAUUUCUAGCCUCUGCGCUUGCACAGCCGUCCCCGGGCCCAGUUCUGGGGCGACGAUGCCGGCCCUGCACAUCGAAGAUCUGCCAGAAAAGGAAAAGCUGAAGAUGGAAGUUGAGCAACUUCGCAAAGAAGUGAAGUUGCAGAGACAACAGGUGUCCAAAUGUUCUGAAGAAAUAAAAAACUACAUUGAAGAACGUUCCGGAGAGGACCCUCUGGUGAAAGGAAUUCCAGAAGACAAGAAUCCCUUUAAAGAAAAAGGCAGCUGCAUUAUUUCCUAACUAACUCUGGGGAGAAACCUGAUCCUCAGUGGAAGUACUAGCUUGUUUUAGUUUUUCCGUAAUAAAACCGACAUGCCUUUUAAAGAAGAAAAAAACCAAAUUUAAAGCGGACUUUUUCAAGCACUUAUAUAGAUACGGUUUUGUCUAAAAACUGUGCGCUUCUUAUCUUUGCUCACUACCCACCCUUUUUAAGAGGGCAGAGAGUAUCAAAUGUACAAUUAUGGAAAUAAGGACAUUACUUGGGUAUGACUCACCUCUUUCAGUAUAUUGCUUGAUGCCUCUAAUAAAGUGUUAUCUCUGGAAAAAUGAGUGUU